GGCCUAUAUUUAGGGGGUUUUGGCAGAUUAACAGAGAAACCUAUAAUUGAACAGACCGUGUAUUGGAGAGACUUCCUCUCUUGUUUGCUGCUGCGGCAUUACGCACCGCACAACCUGCCCUUACUGACGCUCUCGGUCUCGUAUUAGGGUUACAGGGGUCUUUUGAGAGACCAUAUCAGCCAGUUCAGCCCUAGGCGGUGCAACACCUCUGUCAGCUCUCUGCAGUUAUGCGCACCAGGAACAGGAUUUUUAUAUAUCACGCAAAUUACCACGGACAAAUUCUUGGCUCUGCUCCAAACGCAGACGCUUUCAUUUUCAUCGCUGAGAUCUAAAGUCUGCCGUGAGCUGUUUUAUUCAAGAAGGACGUUUAAAACGAUACGAAUUUUGACUUAAAGGAAUUUUCUUACUCUGGAAUGUUGAAACAUGACCGUUUUGCGCGCGUCCUGGAGAACUGAAAAGUGAUAUUAUUAUUUUUUUUCCGCAAAAGAGAAAACAAAACCGAGGGGAACAUGGAGAACAGCACUUUAUUAAAAUUUAACAACGGGACUGCGGUUUGGACUGAUUAUAAUAUCGAAUACAAGGUCGCUGGCAUCCUCUUAGUGAUUCUUAUUUGUGGAGUUGGGAUUGUUGGCAAUGUUAUGGUCAUUCUUGUGGUCUUAACGACCAAGCACAUGCGUACCCCAACUAACUGUUAUUUGGUGAGUCUGGCGGUUGCGGACCUCAUGGUCCUGACUGCAGCCGGGCUGCCCAACAUCACCGAGAUUCUGUUCAGUGGCCACUGGGUGUACGGAUACGCCGGGUGCCUCUCCAUCACUUAUUUUCAGUACCUGGGCAUCAACGCGUCCUCCUGCUCCAUCACAGCCUUCACCAUUGAACGCUACAUCGCCAUUUGCCACCCAAUAAAAGCGCAGUUUAUGUGCACCCUCUCCCGAGCCAAAAAGAUCAUCGUUCUCGUUUGGGUUUUAACAUCCCUCUAUUGCGUUAUGUGGUUUUAUCUUUGCGACACGAAAGAGGACAUUUAUGAGAACGCUGUCCUCGUGACAUGCGCCUACAAAGUAUCCAGAAACCUGUAUUUGCCAAUAUAUUUCACAGAUUAUGCCGUGUUUUACGUUAUCCCGCUUUUGCUGGCCACCGUUUUAUACGGAUUGAUCGCAAGGAUUCUUUUCCUCAACCCACUCCCUUCGGAUCCCAAGGAAGGUCGAAGAAACUGGAAAAAGGAGUCGUCCGUGCAUGGGAACUCCCGGAGUUCAUCCAGCAGCACAACUGCUGCUUCUCGAAGACAGGUGACAAAGAUGCUGGCAGUGGUGGUGAUCCUCUUCGCUCUGCUGUGGAUGCCCUAUCGGACACUGGUGGUGGUCAAUUCCUUCCUCGAGAAGGCCUAUCUGGACACCUGGUUUGUUCUCUUCUGCCGUCUCUGCAUCUACUUGAACAGCGCCAUCAACCCUAUCAUCUACAAUGCCAUGUCUCAGAAGUUUCGCGCCGCCUUCCACAAGCUCUGCCAUUGUGGUCCCCAGCGCUCCGAGAAGCCCCCCACGUAUAGCGUGGCCCUCACGUACAGCGUCAUCAAGGAGACCUCCAAUGGAGAAAGCCCAGACCAUUAUACCACUGAGCUAGACGACAUCCGUGGAGCCGCCAAAGAGCUUCUGCCCGAGAGGAAGAGGCUGUCGUUUAAAGAGUCCUCACUAGCUUGUCAGGACAGAUUGGCUAGUGCUUAGAUCCUUGGUUGGUAUGUUUGAUUAGGUUCCUUAAUUUGCACUUUCGUAGUGCCUCUGAGUGGCCUAUAGGUUUGGCUGCCGUACAACGGAAACAGCAUUUUGACAAUCAUUUCAAACAAAGAAGAUUUAUCCAUAAGCUAGAUUUACAUAGUAGCUGUAGACCAAGUCUGUGAAGGAGAAGUAAUGCUCCUGAAACAAUUAUGGGUGACGAUAGACAGAUUAUUGAUGGAUGAUUGAACAUGACCCGGUGAUGGUAUUGAUUUGGAGGCGAUUGAGUUAAGUUAAGGUCCUUGCAAACUGAGUAUCAAUUUUCGUGUGCGUUUUUUUUUCUUCUUCACAUUCCUCAUAAUUUGCUAUCAAAACGCAUGCUACGGAUGCAAAAAUGCAUAAAUUGAAAUUGAUCCAGUUGAUCCAAGAUCCAUUGAUUUUUUUUUUUUAUGGCGAACAAAAAAUUGUCAUAAGCGUGCAAACGUGAUUGACUCAACGAAAAUUUCGGACUCAGUGCAAUGACCAUCAGGCCACACGAUUAAUUGUAAUAACAGCUGUAUUUGUGAUAUGGCUGUGCGUUUCAUAUUUUAAAGAGCCGUGCCCACAAAAGAAGCAGGAGUGUGAGUGCACAAGAACUAGAAAUAGCCUUUGUGAAGCGAGGCUCUGUUUUCCGUUACAUGCGAGCAGCUCGUGACAGUGUUUUCAGUAUCUCAAAGUGGCUUUGUCUGCAGUUAAAGCUUCUCUACACAAGUGCGUUUCUGCAUAUUUCGGGUGCCUUCAUGUAUUUGAGCACAGACCAUACGCCAAGCAUCUUCCCAAACUGUGAUAAACUUAUGAGCUUUCUGUUUAAAGGCAUAAAAAAAACCUUUAACGACCUCUGUCCCUCUGCCAAAAUACAAUCACAAUUACAUUUUCUUCCAAAGCCCUAAUGAGAGCUGAAGGGUGAAUUCUUUGGUACUUCCAGCCAGAAGAUUUGUACCUGCGGACUCAAAGCGAUGGCCAGUGGUCACUGUGGCAACUGCUGCAUGCAUCACCACCAAAUAAUCACUCUGGAAAACUCGUUCCAGGAACACUUGUCACAUUGUCAGUCACAGCACUCCAAAAAAAUGGACAGAUGAUUACCUUUUGGCUCUUGGUCGUUUCAGUUACUAUAGAGAAGUAACCUGUCCAAUCAUUUUUUUUUUAUUUUGCAAAGUAUAAAAAGACACAGUUACGAAAUUUCAAAUACAACAGUCCACCCAGAGACAUUUUUUUAGCAUUUCAGUCAAGAUUCACACCCAGUUCACAAAUAUAUCCGUCUAAAACUAGAGUAAAUAACCGUCUGUUGUUUUCGUCAUAUGUAUUGUGCAACAUCAGCUGAGGCUGUUUUCUCACAUUAAACAUGAUACUCGCACUGGCUAUGAGAUUUCCUAGCAGAGCUCAAUUUUGCAGACGAUAAACUGCAAAAAUAAGGGGGAGAUAAAGAUUGUGAAUUUGGACGUUUGUAUCUGUAUCAUUUGCAUAUUUGUGGUAUAAUGGAUAGGAAAGGUAAAUUAAUUAUUUUCCGCUGUAAAUAUAUACUGCUCUCUCUCUAAAAUAAAAACACAACAUGUUUCAGCUCUCUAUCUGUAAGUUUUCGGUACUUGGCUGCUGUAAAAUAUCUGCAUGGACAUGGAUUGUGAUUUUUUUUUCCCCCUCAUAAUCAGUGAACACUUAAGUGGAUGAAAUGUACAGCUGUUGUGAUGUAAGCAAAACGUGUAUGGAGGUAACAUUUGCUUAUUAGUAGUGUUUAAAUUGCUGUAUUAAAAAACACGUUUUUGUAUUUGUAUUUUGUACAGUUGUUGUUUAAAAUAAACUCGUAGUAAAUGUUUU